AUGAUCUACACAAAUAAAGUAUUAUUUAUAGAGAUUUUUAAAAAAAUUAUUAUUUACAAUAAAGCUCACAUAAAAUAUGUGAUUUUUGUUUAUGAAAAUUUUGUCCUUGAGGCGAUAAUUAUGCAAAGAAUUUUUUUUUAUAUUUCAUAUAAUUAUUAGUUCUAAGGAGGUUUUUAAGGGAAAUGGGUAAAGAUUAGUGAACUUUUGAUGAUUUAUAAUACUUAUCUUUUUGAGGCAAAUUGCUAUUUAAAAACGAUAAUAAAAAAGAGAUCACAAAAAUUGAUUUUAAUUGAUGAAAUAAAAAUAGGAAAUGAAUUAUUUAAAGUAAGUUUAAUACUUGCUUAAAUAAUUGAUAAUGAAGAAUGUUGAGGAGAAACUUGAAAGAUUAGGUGAUUAAAAAGAAAUACAUGUGCAGAAUUUUUUCAAAGAUAUAAAUUUAAUUAUAAUAAUAAAGAAUAGAGAUCUAAGCACAAAUAUAAAUAGUGACAAAAGUGUUUUAAAUUUUUAGAAUGAAAAUUUAAUAAGGAAAAGUACUUAUGUGUAUGUAUUUGGUGGAUAUUAAAAUAUUUAAAAUUUAAUUUACAAAGAAAAAAAAUUGAUGAUAAUUGAAUAUAAUAAACUAUAAAUUAUUCAGUGAG